AACCCAAACAAAAAAAUGUUUUGGAAAACCUUAAAAAAGAUAAAAAAAAAUUCAAAACAGUUCUCUCUUUCUCCUUUCCAGCCUUUCCCCCUUGGCUUCCUUCUUCUUUGUUCAGCUCACAAACGCCAUAGAUAGAAAACAGAAAAUUCAGAUCAAAACCACUUAACGUUAACACAAAGGAGAAAAAUGCUAAUAACGUGUAAUUAUCAAGCCAAAACACAUUUUAUUCCUAAUCUCAUGUUAAUUAAGCCAUGAGAACGAUGAAGUCAUGGUAACCAUUUAACCAGAACGAUGCCGAGCGUCGCCGUUAAGCUCUAUAGCGUGUUCUUCAAGUUUCUCUUGAAGAACCGUUUACAGAACCGGAUCCAAGACCCGCCUGAAAAAUCCGACCCGUUUGGCGUCACUACCCGACCCGACGAAUCCAUCGCCGCUCCUAACCCUUCUUUCACCGACGGCGUCGCCACCAAAGACAUUCACAUUGACCCCUUCACUUCCCUCUCUAUCCGAAUCUUCCUUCCCGAAUCCGCACUCGCCUCGCCCGAACGGCGGAACAGUUACGGCCCUCCGGGGACACCGGCGACGGAGGAUCCGAGGAGGAAAAGCGUAAGCGACACCGGCAGCGAGGGGUACCGAGGCUAUGCGCCGGCGGUGGAUGAUCGCCGGAGGAAACUGCCGGUGAUGUUGCAGUUUCACGGCGGUGGUUGGGUGAGCGGGAGCAACGACUCGGUGGCGAACGACUUAUUCUGCCGACGGAUGGCCAAGCUCUGCGAUGCGGUGGUUGUUGCGGUCGGGUAUCGGUUGGCGCCGGAGAAUCGGUACCCGGCGGCGUUUGAGGAUGGGUUGAAGGUGCUGCAUUGGCUGGCGAAGCAGGCGAAUUUGGCGGAUUGUAGGAAGUCUUUGGGGGUCAAGAAAUCGUUGGAUGGUGGUCAUAGGCAUAUUGUUGAUUCGUUCGGAGCUUCUGUGGUUGAGCCAUGGUUGGCUGCUCAUGGUAAUCCAUCAAGGUGUGUUCUUCUUGGUGUGAGUUGUGGAGCAAAUAUUGCAGAUUAUGUGGCUCGAAAAGCUGUAGAAGCUGGAAAACUUCUGGACCCUGUCAAGGUGGUAGCACAGGUCCUGAUGUAUCCAUUUUUUGUUGGAACUGUGCUCACUUGUUCCGAAAUAAAAUUGGCAAACUCAUAUUUUUAUGACAAGGCUAUGUGUGUGCUAGCAUGGAAACUAUUCCUACCUGAGGAAGAAUUUAGCCUGGACCAUCCAGCCGCCAAUCCCCUAGUUCCAGGCCUCCUUCCUCCUUUAAAGCUAAUGCCUCCAACACUGACGGUGGUUGCCGAACUUGAUUGGAUGAGGGACCGUGCCAUUGCUUACUCAGAGGAGCUUAGGAAGGUGAAUGUUGAUGCACCUGUUCUUGAGUAUAAGGACGCAGUCCAUGAAUUUGCAACACUUGACAUGCUUCUCAGAACCCCACAGGUGCAGGUUUGUGCAGAGGAUAUUGCCAUCUGGGUCAAGAAAUAUAUUUCAUUUCGAGGUCAUGAAUUCUCAUAUUGAACAGGAUAUAUCAGAUUGUGCCAUGAUCAGUGAGAAAAUACCCCCCCCCCCCCCCCUCUUUGAAAUUAGGUUCAGGUCGCACUCUUCUGCUACCUAUUUACUUGGGGAUUUGUGAUAUAUUGAUUAUUUAUUCUGCUUGAUAAGGUCCUGCCGUUCUGGUUGUUGACAAGUUCAAGAUGGAGAGUUGUUUGAGUUUGAGAAUGGGGUAGUUGAGCCUGUGAAAUGCAUUCACUUUCUUGCACACCACAUUUGGAUGCCCUUGUUCCAUUUUUUCCUGUGUAUUCUGAUGUACUAUUUCUCAUGAAAAGAGGUAAAAUUUAGUGCACUAUUCUUUUA